UUCUAUUGAAUUGAUAAGAGUUGAGUGGUUCUCAACUUUUGUAAGCUAGAGGUUUGAGUACAUUCCCUAGAAUAAACUUUGUGGGCUUUUUCUGGGUCUCUCCUCUCUCUCUCUCUCUCUCUCUCUCUCUCUCUCUCUCUCUCUCUGUUAUGUUAAAACUGCAAGCCUUCAUCAAUGGUUUGAACAAAACAGAGGACUCUUAAUUAGUCUCCUCUGCUCUCAGAGCAAGAAUUUCGAGGGUACCUACUGUCGGGGAGGCGGAGAGAGAGAGAGAGAUCCUGCAUAUCUAGAAAGAAAAGAUUGCCUUGAAUCCAAACAAGGAAUUCAAAUCAGAUUCAUUGGUUUCACUUUCAGUCUAGUAAGCAUGGCGGUUGCGCUAUUACGAUUAAUUUCACCUGUAGAAAUCCCCAGUGGUCUUAAUUCUUCAGAGGCAAUCAGAGGAAAAGUUUGGAGCCCGAAGUAUGACAAUCUUCAUCGAAAGAAACCUACUUGGAGCUUGUGCUCAGUGUACACAGACUCAAAGUAUGCUUGCGUCGGUUUUGAGCCUGAGAACAAUGGAAAUUUCCUGAUCCGAUCGAGCUUGGUUGCAAAUCCCGCAGGAGAAGUUGCUAUUUCUUCGGAGCAGAAAGUUUAUGAUGUUGUAUUGAAGCAGGCUGCUUUGGUUAAGGAUCAAAGGAGGAAGAUGAACACAUUAAUUGAUGUGAAGCCUGAUAUGGUUGUGCCCGGGACUUUGUAUUUGCUUAGAGAAGCUUAUGAUCGCUGCGGCGAAGUUUGUGCAGAGUAUGCCAAGACCUUUUACUUGGGGACACUGUUGAUGACUCCUGAGAGGAGAAGGGCCAUUUGGGCAAUAUAUGUUUGGUGUAGGAGAACCGAUGAGCUCGUUGAUGGGCCUAACGCUUCACAUAUUACGCCUUCGGCCCUCGACAGAUGGGAGACGAGGCUGGAGGAUCUCUUUGCUGGCCGGCCAUAUGAUAUGUUUGAUGCAGCUUUAUCAGAUACAGUAUCGAGAUUUCCUGUAGAUAUACAGCCAUUCAAGGAUAUGAUUGAAGGAAUGAGGAUGGAUCUCAAGAAAUCAAGAUACAAUAACUUUGACGAGCUUUAUCUCUAUUGCUAUUACGUAGCAGGGACUGUAGGUUUGAUGAGUGUUCCUGUGAUGGGCAUCGCUCCAGAAUCACUAGCAACAACUGAGAGCGUCUAUAACGCUGCUUUAGCUUUAGGAAUAGCAAAUCAGCUGACAAAUAUACUCAGAGAUGUUGGUGAAGACGCAAGAAGAGGAAGAAUAUAUCUACCCCAAGAUGAGCUAGCUCAGGCUGGUCUUUCUGAUGAAGAUGUAUUCAAUGGAAAAGUUACAGAUAAAUGGAGAAAUUUCAUGAAGAAACAAAUUAAGAGGGCAAGGAUGUUCUUUGAAGAAGCUGAGAAAGGAGUAACUGAGCUCAGCCAAGCUAGUAGAUGGCCGGUGUGGGCUUCUUUACUACUGUAUCGUCAGAUAUUGGACGAAAUUGAAGCAAAUGACUACAAUAAUUUCACAAAGAGGGCAUAUGUAAGUAAAGUAAAGAAGUUAGCAGCGUUGCCAGUUGCAUAUGGUAGAUCAUUGAUUAGCCCUUUAUCGGUAAGGCAGUCGAGCGUCUUGAAAGCUUGA